GUCCGUCGGUGAUUGUUGUUGGUCGGAAACAGUAAAAGACACACGUUCCUUACAACGUGCGCCACCUGUCCAAUGAUGAUUUCUUUAACUUUGAUGUCCUAAUGGAGCCAGAGAUCCUCAAACUCGGGUGCCGAGCGGGAGACGGUGUUCUUGAAAGAAUAAAGGCAGGAGAUUUUUUGCUGGACAUCACCGGAGCUGUGACACGCGUUGAUGUUCAUGAAUGCUCUGCAAAGAGUCACAAAAGGAUCACUCUUCAUCAUUGGACAUUGUGUUUUUCCUCCUGGUUCCUGCGACAACUACGUCAAUAUUACCGAACCGUCACGCAAUAUAGAGUUUACCUCCUCUUCCUUCCCUGGCUACUCACACGAUGACGGCUCCCUUACUGGCCAGUGGCUGCGCUUCACUGGCAUCGGCGGGGACCGAAUCGUGUCUGACUGCCACGGAAGCCCUCGCGGUGGUUUCCAGUACCAGACUUACAUCCCGUUUUCACUUCCAACCAGAGAAUCCGCAAGCCCGACAACAGGGACUGCAUAUAAUUAUGUUUCAGGAUGUAGCACUAACAGUUUGUCAGUGGAUGUGGUGCUGUGUCCAGGAGGAUUCUACAUCUAUCGAGCUGCCAAUCACCCAGUGUCCCCUUCUGGUUUUGUUACCUAUCACACUACAUGCAAGAAUGAUUCUUGUGGCCCAUUUGCGGAGUGUCAAAGUAACGGAGGGUGUACUUGCGUGGAUGGCUACGAAUUACUUCCAGAACAUCUGCCAACAGGGGAUUCGUACGGCUGUACUGAUAUAGAUGAGUGUACAAGAACCUCAGGCAUUUGUGGAAGUAAUUCCGAUUGUAAAAACACAAUCGGAGCGUAUACCUGUCGCUGUCUGACUGGAUUUGUUGCAACGGAUCCGAAAAACCCACCUGGAGGCGCCAAUCCCUGCAUAGAUAUCAACGAGUGUCUUGAAAACGUCUGCGGCGACCACGGGGAUUGUGAGAACGAGCCAGGAACCUAUCAGUGCGAAUGCAUCGGCGGGUACCAAAUUGUAACCAACGCCACUCCUGUUUGUCAAGAUAUUGACGAAUGCUCCAAAGACGGCGUUUGUGGUCCAAGCGCUUUGUGCACCAACGCGCCCGGACAGUAUACCUGUGCGUGCCACCUGGGCUUCGCUCCAACUCAACAGGAGGAGCCACCCAGCGCGUCCAACAACUGCAUUGACGUUGACGAGUGUACGCAGGAUGCCGCCGUCUGCGGCCCUGACUCCAACUGCACCAACUCAGCGGGCUCAUACAUCUGCACCUGUUUCCGCGGUUACCGGGUGAACCACCCAAACGUGAUAGCCAGCAAUGCUAACCCUUGCACAGACAUUGACGAGUGCAGUGAGACGCCUGGUAUUUGUGGCAAAGGAACCGUGUGCACAAACGCGCCGGGCACCUUCUAUUGCUCCUGUCCGGAUGGCUUUUACCCGACCACCGGCAUCAUGUGGAUCGUUGGCGUCUCCUUUUGCAAAAGUCUUCAGGAUAUUCUGGAUGAGAUAAAACCCCCAGAGGGUCGCACAAAGGAGAGAACAUUUCUCGACAAUAUGGACCAACAACUUCUGGACAACACAGAGAUCACGCUGCCAGGACCAACGGUGGCAAACAGCUUUUCUGCCUCAAUGGAGGUGUCCGGGGUCGGACCCCGCGCCGCCACGAUCAAGGUGAACAGUGAAGGAGACGGAGAAACCGGAAGUAAGAUCCUCGCCAUCUCAGACCGCCUGGUGACAGCCAUGGUGGGGGGGGGUCAAAAUCACACCAAGAAAACCUUGAACAGCACAACAGUGGAUUUGACCCUGGAGACGUUUGGACCCGGGAGCAGUGGCGAAAGUUCCUCUCAUCUCUCAGCAAAUGGGAACAUCAUGACCAUUAACCUGGAAAGUCUGGCGAAAAACAACAAUGGUUCUGCGGCAGCGGCCUUCAUGACACUAAACGGCAUGGAGAGUCUUCUCAGCCAUCAGUACUUUGAAAGCGAGAACAGGACGGAGAUGUACUCGGACGUUAUCACGGCGGUCUUGCCCUCGGUGAACAACACCAACCUCACCGAGCCUGUCAACUUCACCUUUCAACACAAGAAGACAUUACCUGAAUCAUCAGGUUUGGUGACGUGUGUGUACUGGGAGCACACGGGAGAAAAUGAGGGGAGUGAAGAAAGAAGCAAUGCAAAUAAGAUGAGAUGGUCUGGAGAUGGAUGCUGGGUUGCACACUCAAACGCAAACUUCACCGUGUGCAGCUGCUCCCAUCUCUCCACGUUUGCCCUCAUCCUACAGAUAGGGGAGCCUCCGCCGGAAGAUUCUUUUUUAGAGUGGCUAAACCGAGUGUGCGUCAUAGUCGGACUCUGCUUCUUUGCGUUGGCCAUCCUCACCUUCCUGCUGUGUAGCUGGAAUCCCAAAAUCAACAACACGGCUCGCCUUCACCUGUGCCUCAAUCUCUCCUUGUCGCAUCUCCUGCUGCUGUGGAACGACGAAUACGUUGAACAUGAGCUGGCCUGCACCGUCAUAGCGGGACUUCUCCACUUCUUCGUGGUUGCGAGUUUUGUGUGGAUGCUGCUAGAGGCCCUGCAGCUCUACCUGCUGGUCCGGAAGCUCUCCAGGGUGCAGGUGAUCCAGAGAGAUGGGCUUCCCAGGCUGUUGCUCUACCUGAUUGGCUACGGUGUUCCAUUUGUGAUUGUGGGCGUUUCCGCGCUGGUCUACUCUGAUGGAUACGGAGCCGUGAAUUCAAAAGACUGCUGGCUAUCGCAGACGCGGAACUUCCGCUGGGCUUUAUCAGGACCGGUCAUCACUGUCCUUGCUCUUAACGUCACCUUGUUCUGCGCUACCUUAUGGUGCCUGAGACCCACCUUGGCCAACAUGAGAAGCGAUGUUUCGCAGUCCAGAGACACCCGGUUGAUUGUUUUUAAGAUUGUGGCCCAGUUUGUCAUACUGGGUUGUACGUGGAUUAUUGGUCUGUACCAGAGCAACCUUUUCUUCCAAGUCCUCUUCAUUAUUCUCAACUCCCAGCAAGGGACCUUCCUCUACAUCGUCCACUGUGUGCUCAACAAAGAGAUCAGGGAGGAGUACAUGAAAUGGUUGACAUGUUCAUGCAAUAAGAAGCAAGACAACACGUCUGUGAAAGAUGCACAAUCAGUGUCUGAGGACAUAGACAAGGCUGGCCAGGAUGGAGACAGUGUGAAAAAAAUGAAGGAUUUGACUGAAAAAUGAUGUAAAAACUUUGAACCGUGAGUCGUUACACACUGUUAUGCUAUUGUUGUGGAUGUGAUGUAUGUCACAAAACAUAAUCAUCCCUCACAUUACAGCAACCAUUUUACUCACGGUAUAUCUUGUCAAGAGACAAUACCAAUAUCAAAGUGCACAGCUUAUAUAGCAGUAUAAAUGUACCACACAAAACUAAAAUGACUCAACAGUGGCAAAAUAGCUGGCAACACAAGUGAUUGUGGUACUAGCGUCAUGGUCUGGGGCCACACGAGUGCUGCCGCCAGUGGCGAGCUGCGGUUCAUUGAGGGAAACAUGAAUUCCAGCGUGUAGUGUGACAUUGUGAAGCAGAGCCUGAUCCUCUCCCUUGGGAAACUGGGCCAUUCCAUGCCCAAGAGGAUUAAGGCCGUGCUAGAUAACAAUGGUGCUCACGCUAAGUGUUCAUACUCUGGUGUACUUACUUGUGUUGCCAUACUGCUUCUCAUAUCAGGACACAGGGAUCUGAACAAGAGACAUUUUGACUUGUUUUGGAGGUUUUGGGACCCCCAAAAGGGAGAAAUUAUAUUCUAGAAUAAAUCUUUUUGUGAACUCCAACUACACUAAAGAAGAGGUCAACUUCCAACCUGAGCUUGUUCUUUCAUAACAUCUUUUACUAAAUUCCUUAAGUGUGAAGUGCACCCCUUACGUAAGCUCAAGGUCUGCCAAAAACCCCACUCCCGUCCAUGGAAGGAUGUCCAGGUAAGGUGUAACUUGUGGAAUUGCCACGCCAUUUGUAACUCGAUUUAACUGUUAAACGUGUGAAGUGCCGCCCCUUCUCCCUCAAACUGCAGAUGUUUUUGACAAUCCUCCACAACAUGCACUGACUACCCUAAAUGACACCCAAGUUUCAUUUCGAGAGCGCUGAGACGAUGGGCUGCUGCAAUGUGAAGGGUGCUCACUUCUGUGAGAUACUGUAUUUGAAUCUAUACGUGUGGUUACGUGAACCUCAGUUGUAUCCAAUAAACGUUCCAACAACGGCUUCAUUUGACUUGCUUAGCCCAAAUAAAACCCCAAACCCCAAAUAAACCCCAAAUAAAACCGUAUAACAAACAGGCUUGUCAAGUCUUCCAAGUGUAAGGUGCCAAAUGGAAAGCAUCCCCCCGAGAUCAUUUGUUUGGGCGUGGGACUUGAACAAACACGACACUGCUUGUCGAAGAGGAACGCAAGGUUAAACAUUCAUGCCCAAGGUGACGUGUGUCGUGUUUACACAAGAUCUUGCUUUACAAGACAAAUUGAAAACAAAACAUUGUCUCGCUGUCACCAAAGCAUUUUCCUACAAUGACGCAUGACGUUA